AUGGACUCAGACUCAGAUGCUCUCAGUAUCCCUGAAUCCCGGGUCCAGAUGGAGUCCUCUACAGCCUUUUAUGAUUAUCAUGAUAAAUUGAGUCUUCUAUGUGAGAAAAAUGUCAUCUUCUUUUUCACCAUCUCUACCAUUGUCCUGUACUCUCUGGUAUUUCUCCUCAGCCUUGUGGGUAACAGCCUGGUUUUGUGGGUCUUGGUGAAGUAUGAGAAUCUAGAGUCACUCACCAAUAUCUUCAUCCUCAACCUGUGUCUCUCAGACCUGAUGUUCUCCUGCCUACUGCCUGUGUUGAUCUCAGUACAAUGGAAUUGGUUUCUAGGUGACGUCUUCUGCAAGUUCUUCAACAUGAUCUUCAACAUCAGCCUCUACAGCAGCAUCUUCUUCCUUACCAUCAUGACCAUCCACCGAUACCUGUCUGUAGUGACCCCCAUCUCUACUCUGGGUAUCCAUACCCUCCGCUGCCGUGUGCUGGUGACAUCAUCUGUGUGGGCAGCCAGCAUCCUGUUCUCCAUCCCUGAUGCUGUCUUCCACAAAGUGAUUUCCUUAAAAUGUGACUAUUCUGAACAUUAUGGGUUCUUGGCCUCAGUCUACCAGCACAACGUCUUCUUCCUCCUCUCCAUGGGAAUCAUACUAUUCUGUUAUGUACAGAUUCUCAGGACUUUGUUUCGCUCAAGGUCCAGACAGAGACACCGAACAGUCAGGCUCAUCUUCACCGUCGUGGUAGCAUACUUCCUCAGCUGGGCUCCCUACAAUCUCAUUCUCUUCCUGAAAACUGGAAUCAUCCAGCAGAGCUGUGAGAGCUCUCAGCAGCUGGAUAUUGCUAUGGUCAUCUGUCGCCAUUUGGCCUUCUCUCAUUGCUGUUUCAACCCAGUGCUUUAUGUCUUUGUUGGGGUCAAGUUCCGCAGACACCUAAAGCAUCUCCUCCAGCAGCUCUGGCUGUGCCGGAAGACAUCCAGCGCUGUUCCCUGCUCCCCUGGUACCUUUACAUAUGAGGGCCCCUCCUUCUACUGA